UACUAUUGGUGAUAUUUUUACGUUUUAUUUUUUAUUAAAUUUAUUCAUUGGUAAAUAAAAAAGGGCCUCACAAAGAAUUCCUUAUGGGGCAAUUUGCUGUAAUUUAUUUAAGUUUUUAAAAUACAACACAAAUACAAUGCUGAAACAAAAUCUAUAUUCUAUUGUGAAUAGAAGAGAAAGUGUCUCAAAUAGUAGUAAAUAACGGGUCGAUAGAAAUAUGUCUGUCCCUGAUUUGUCUGUUAGUUGUCGUUUUGCUGAUUAUUUUGCUAUAUGUGGACUUGAUUUCGAUUCUGGAUUAGAGCCUGAUAGACUAUGUGGUGAUAAUUUACACGUAUCUCCUCUCGACCGAUCCUAUAAAGGAAAAAUUUUAGCUCACUAUCCUGAAAAUGUUCCUAGUAAUCAAUUUGAUGAACAUGCAACCUGUAUGCUCUGUCUACCAGCUGGCCUCCAAUUUAGAACCCAAAAGCAUUCAUUGGAGCCCCAAUUUCACAGUUUUGUAGUAACUAGAGAAAAUGCAUCUAGAUAUUAUGGAUUUAGCCUUAUAUUUUAUGAAGAGGUCAGAAAUAAAAACAUCUGUAGUGCUAUGCAUACUUUACAGGCGAUGUACAUUACAGAACUCUCUAGUGGCCAGACCCCACCAGGCCAUAGAAAAAGCUCUGGUAAGGAGAGCUCACGAUCUCUCCCCAGAUCAUUCAAACUUACACCUCAUACUGGUGCUGCUCUAACAUACUUUGAUAUAGCCAAAGAUAAACUCUAUGUAGCUAAAAGUAUAGCACUGAUUUGUCAAUACCCCUUUGUAAGAGUUGCCCAAAUGUUUUUAGAAAACUUGUUCAGAUCCUUACCAAGACAACCAGGACCUGGUCUUAGCCCAGAAUCUUAUGUUUAUAAUUUACUUUACGAAGUACCAGUGCCCUUGCCAGGUCAAGCUUUAAGACUUUAUGUGCCACCUCCUCAACCACAUCUUGAAGCCAUUCCAGUUGUGAUAAGAAUGCCAAAUCCUCCAGAAGAGUUACCACUGUUAGACUAUUCAUUGCGUGUCAUGUUUUCUAAUUUAGGCGUUGAACUAGUAGUACAAUUGUUCACGUGUGUUCUACUUGAACAUCAAGUAUUACUUAGAUCAACUGAUUACAACAAGCUAAUGCUGGUUUCUGAAUGUAUGGUAUCGCUAUUGCUUCCCUUCACUUGGGCGCACGUCUACGUACCGAUACUGCCGGCUCCUUUAUAUCACUUCCUCGACGCGCCCGUACCAUUUGUCAUGGGUUUACAUACAGACAGCGCGGCCGUUUGCGCUAACGGACCCAGAAGCAUUGCCCUUUGUUCUGAAGCAGCACUGUGUCUAGUAGACAUCGACAAACCCGACAUACAACUACCAGAAGAAUUGCCGAUAUUCCCACACAGAACAUCCUUCAUUGAGGAACUCAAUCAUUUAAUGGAUAAAUAUCAGAUUCAAAGACCCGAGACGGAACCAACCAAAUUAAGUGCGCCCCUAAACGGAACAUCGUAUAGGCACAUGAAUGACAACAUGAGCAGCAGUUGUACUUUACCAUCGGGCGGCCUGCGCAGGAAGCACUCGUUUCACGAUGUGCUAGAGUGGGAAGAAAGUAGGCCGUUGAACGCCUCCCCUCCCGCCUCGCCCACCCGCCGCGCUCCCUUGCGGCCCGAUGCCUUGCAGCGCAUCGCCGAUAUCGUCAAGCGCACAGGUGUCAACAUUGACGACGUGGAUGCCGAAACAGUGAUGCCAACUACUAAAAAGAAAAUUCUUAACGAUGAAGAGCAAUAUAAUGAAGAUAUGCGUUUUAACAGUGCUGUUAGAGAAACGUUUCUCAAUAGAUUUGUUCAUAUAUUUUUGAUGUAUGAAAAUUUCGUUAUCAUGCCCGAUCAGGACCGCGAGUCAUGGCUGAGCUCACGCGAAUCGAUGGUGAACUUUGACAAGGCUUCCUUCCUCUCCGACCAGCCUCAGCGUCACCGACCAUUCCUGUCACGGUUCCUCGAAACCCAAAUGUUCGCCACGCUCAUCGACAACAAGAUCAUGGCUAAUUGGGGGGAAUAUGACGUUAAUUUGCAAGUCUUCGAAUAUCGGACUAGGAUCGUCAGAACGAACAGUCUAAAGCGAAUAAAAAAUGCGAAAUGGCAAGUGAAAGACUGUCCGCCAGAGUUGUUGCUCGGAGACUUCAGCAGACGGUUGUCUACUGAAGUCACGCCUGCAGCCAUUGCACAGAAUAACAGGACAUUUGUGGAGAAACUCCUUAAGGAAUGUAAGAGCAAAACAAAACGAAUGCUAUUGGAGAAGAUGGGUACAGAAGAGUCUAACUUAAGCUUCGGGAGCGAAGUGUCAAUUACUGGUGUCGAGGAAAGCACUAUGAUUGCGUCCCUGUGUGAUUUAUUAGAACGACUGUGGUCACAUGGCCUACAACACAAAAUGGGAAAGUCAGCGCUCUGGAUGCAUCUCAUUAACUACCAAGAGCUGGAACAAUGCAGCAAUUCAACUAAACCUAUCGAUCCCAAUUAUCUAACACCAGACUUAUCAUCGGUUGGAGCGGAAGUUGAAGCUCAACAAGCAGCCAGUGUGAGUCCGCGGUCACGGGACAGCUCUCGCGGCGGAUCCCGCGAUAGCUCUCGGGACCGUCUGAGUAAUUCAGGAACCCUAGAACGCAAAUCGACUCAGCCUGUUAAUCCUUUGCGGCCCUUGCCCGAGAGCUUGACCUUUGAUAUGAGGAAUGUUCAAGCCAUGACUGAUAUAAAAACCGAAAUAGGCUACGCUCGUGCUUGGGUUCGUUUGUCGCUUGAGAAGAAGCUCCUCUCGAAACAUCUCCGUGAACUAUUAGCCGAUACCACACUAUUGCGCUCUCAAUACAAAAGAACCGCUUUUCUGCGCUGCGAAGAGGAGAGGGAACAAUUCUUAUAUCACUUACUGACUUUGAAUGCCGUUGACUACUAUUGCUUCACGAACACGUAUCCUACAACAAAACUUCCGUAUCGCGUAUUAAUAAUGCCUUCUCGCAAAGCUAGUCAAACGACGGCCAACUGUUGGAUCUCAAUCUCUGGCAUGAACGGAGAGUCGACUCCGAAAAUUCCCAUACCUCGUAACACAAACGAAUUCGUUUUCCAUCACAAGAAUCUUGGAACAUUAUCAACCUUGAGAAUCGGUCACGAUAAUUCUGGUUUGUCGCCGCGGUGGUUACUCGACCAAGUUUAUGUCAGAAAUGAAGUGACAGGACAUACUUACACGUAUCCUUGUAACCGCUGGCUGGGGAGUGGAGUGGACGACGGCUCCACCGAGCGGCUGCUGGUGGCGGCGCGCGUGCGCAGCGAGCACACGCCGCGCUCCCCCGCGCCCCCGGCCGCCCUGCACCCGCACACUCCCACCACGCACCUCUCGACCUCGACCAUCCAGCACAUGAUCGGUGAUUGCGUGAACGCCAUUGUGAAAUGGCACUAUCAGUCAAAAAGAGAUAAGGACGCGAACUCGCUAAGUGUCUUACUGUGCGGAGAAAAUGGCCUGGUCAAGUGCUUGGAGCAAGCUUUCCUCUGUGGCUUCAAAUCGGCGCGCUUCUUCGGCAAGAAUUUUUUCAUAUGGGAUUAUUUCGCUAGAGUCAAAGACGAGUUCAAAAUGAGCCUGUGCGACGAGCCCAGUACGAUGAACAACAAGAACUGCGGCGGCGUAUCCUACAACUGCAGACAGGACCAAGAGCACAGAGCCAUUUGGCGAUGCUACUGCCAUCUCAUGGACGAGGUCAACAGUGUGGGCCGCUCGCUGGGGAAGGACGGGAAGUUUCAACUCUUCAUAUGUCUUAGUUUACGGGAACACUGGCUUCAUCGAAUGCUGGUGCCUAUGUCAUUGACUCGUGUCACAGCUGAGAUGUACGAGGAGCAAAGUUUUCUGCGCAAACGCGGACUUCUCACGUUUCUGAAACAAAUACUCGAGCCUUUGGACGAAUUUGACAUUGUACUCGAAAACUCUCUCACUCAAGGCAUUUAAAAUAUCUAUGGAAGUAUUCGGAACUUAUUUAAUGUUGGUUCUUAUCAAGAGUACCGAGUUUCCAUAAAUGUAUCUCAUGAUAGAUGUUUGAAUAGAAUUUAAACCAUGACACACUAUAGUUGAAGCAAAAAAGACGGUUUUUUCCUGUUAUUUUUGUGAUAAUCAAUCUCUUUUAACGAGUUUUAAGAAGAAAAUCUUGAAUUUUUACAUCGUCCUGAAAGUUGUUCGAUGGUGGCAAUAUCCAUUCAGAUAAUACCUGUUUAAUUGAGAUGUUGCUCGAGGUAUCGGCGCGGUGCGUAAAACUAAAGAAAAAAUAUUUAAAAGUAUAGCAAUUAUUAGAUUGAAUAUUAUUUUUGAGUACAUAUUACCAAGAACAUGCAAUAAACAGCAAUGAAACGUCAUGUUUUAUUCCUGUUUAUAGUCAACGUCAAAUUAAAAACGGAGAAAUUUCGGUUUGGAGAUAAUUUUUUAUUGCCUUAUUUCGUGCUCACAGUGUUACUUAGUCUCAAUUAAACAGUGGGCAGAAUGUAAGUUCGAUAUUAUUUGAAUUUUUUUUGUUACUUUAUUGAUAUACAUUUUUCCUAUAUCCAAAAUACUCAAAAUAUACAUUUUCUUAUGAACAUGAAUUUGAUAAUUGUAGAUUCUUAGUAUUUUUUUACUUGUUAAGUUUGAUUUUUUAUGUGAUAACUUGCCCAUUGAACCCAAAGAUUUUUUUGUAGUGGUGCUUAUAGUAACAAAAUAUUUUAUAAUUUAUUUUUAAAUUGUUAAGUUGGAAGUAGUGAGUGCGUGAUCAUUUUUUGUAAAAGACAAUUAGAAUAUUCUUUUGUUCGACUCUGGAAUAAAACGCCGAUCGGUGUUGUCGUCCAAGAAAGGUAUAUUUUAUCGUUAAUUGUGUGUUUUCAGAUUUAUAUUUACAAUUGCCCUUUUUUCUGGCAAGAAAGCUAAUGUGUACUAAAACAUGAAAAAAGUUUUAUUUAAUAAGAUCUAUUCAAAUUCCAGGGCAUUAACAUUUAUUGCUAGAACUGGCAUAUCUGAAUUUCAUCGUGUUACCUAUAAUUUUUACGAUCGUUUUAUAUGACAUUGUUGUCAUAUAUAUUUUCCUCUCUGAAUCUUAUGCCAAUCUAAAUACACACGUAAGCACAAGAUGAAACUAUUCAAACAAUUGAAAAGGUAAAAAAAACAUAAAAUAUAGUGUGUAUAGCGUAGAUAUCUAUCUCAUAACACUAC